CUUUUCUACCAUCAACCUCCGCCGGAAAUUAUAGUUCCUAACAUCAAUCCUUAUUUUCUGAAAUCAUUAUUAUACCAGAAGUGAUUAACAAUUGAGUAACAACUACAGUGCGCUUCCUGGCACAAUUUCGCGUUUCUAUCUGUAGACUUUGUCGAAAAAAAUCUUGACUCUCCUGGGCUCGUGAAAUUGGACACCCUAGCGUUUGAGGCCCCUCUUUCCAUGCGGAGGAAUACAUUGUUGCUGCUCACAAUGUGGAUGGAGGUGGUCAAGAUGUCUACUAGAAGAAUGAAUUUACCUCAAUUGUAACAACAUAAAGGAAGUCGCGGCGCGGGAUUGUUUGGAUACAGACCUGCAACAUUGUAUUUAUGGCGUUGAUGUUUUGUAGGGCGAUGUCAAAGGAGGAAUAAGAUACAUUGUUGCGCCUAACCAACGCUUUUAAUGUGCCGCGCUUCAAAUUCGUCCAAGUUUUAUGGUUUUUCCCUACGAGACUCAACAUUUCUUUUUUACUAUUGGAUGUGAGGCAUCUUAAAAACAGAGAGUGCUUUAAAGACAGAGGGGUAUGACUGAACCACAGCAGAGGAUGACCACAGUGGGAACAGAUAAGGAACUCAGUGACCUGUUAGAUUUUAGUGCGAUGUUUGCACCCCCUGUGGCCAAUGGUAAGAACAGACCAACCACACUUGCCAGCAGUCAAUUUGGUGGUUCAGGUAUGGAUGAGCGUUCUAGUCCCUGGGCUGGCGGUGAGAACAGUCCUUCUUUCGGCCAGGUACGGAAUUAUGGAGAGGGCUAUGGCGAGCAUGAUGGACUGUCUUCUCCAUUCCUUGGCACUGGGAUUAGUGGUAAGAACGAAAGAGGUCCGUACUCUUCCUUUGGGGGUCAGCCGGGGUUCCUACCCUCAGACAUCACCAUGCCUUCCGCAGAUGCCAUGUCUCCAUCUGGCAUAAAAUCCAGCUCUCAGUUCUACCCAUCAUACCCCAACAACCCCCGUAGACGCCCCUCGGAAGGAGGAAUGGACCCCCAACCAAAAAAGAUCAGGAAGCCAUCAGGACUGCCAUCUUCUGUUUAUGCUGCCACCUCUGGUGAUGAUUAUAUCCGCGACAGUGCUGCCUACCCAGGCUCCAAACCUGGAUCUGUGUACCCAGGAUCCUUUUACAUGCAAGAGGGCCUCCACUCUUCUUCGGACCCCUGGGCCCCCCCUGGAUCCUUAGGCCAGUCGGGCUACACGGCUAUGCUGGGGAAUUCACCACACAUCAAUCAGCCCGGCUCUUUCUCGGCUAUUAAUCCACAAGACCGGAUGAACUACCCUCUACACGGAGCGGACGUCAAUGGUUUCCAUUCAGGUUCUGCAGCUUACAGCCACACGUCAUCCAUGAAUGGAACAGACAGCAUUAUGGGUAAAUUACAGUCCAAUAGAGGGUCCGUCGCAGGCAGCUCGGGUGAUGAGAUCGGAAAAGCUCUUGCUUCGAUCUAUCCUUCGGACCACAACAGCAACAACUUCUCCUCUGCUCCUUCCACUCCCGUGGGCUCCCCUCAGGGUAUUGCGAGUACAGCUCAGUGGCCAAGGCCUUCUAGCCAGACUGCGCUGUCUCCAAACUAUGAGGGUGGACUACACGCACUGCAGAACAAAAUGGAAGACCGUCUGGAGGAGGCCAUCGACGUGCUGCGCAGUCAUGUGGGAAUUCCUGGAGCCCACGCAGACAUGCACAGCUUACUGAGUGCCGUCUCGACCUCCAGUGUACCCAUGGGAGGACACCCUCAGACCUACUCUAGUAACCCUGGAUUGCCUCUCAGCAACAGACAUCCUGCCAUGGCUGGAAGACACCAUGACGACAACGCGUGCCUUCCCGCAAGCAGCACCUUGUUGCAGUCGGCUCACGCUUCGGGCACCCCGCAACCCGGAGGAGCAUCGGAGAGUUUCAACAACAGUCUGCCUGGAGGUCUGGGCCACGCGACGCACUCGUCAAACAAGUCUGAUAUUAAAAGCGAGGACAAAGAAGACGAUGAGAACUCCUCCGUUGCCGAUAAGUCUGAGGAAGAGAAGAAGGAAAGCAAACCGUCUCGCAACAGAACAAGAAAGGAGGUGUUUACUCUUCAAGCCCUUUCAAGUGUAUCAGACCAGGGAGAAGACCUGGACAAUGAAGAUGAUGAGGACCUGCCGCCAGAGUUAAAGGUCGAGCGGGAGAAGGAACGACGGGUAGCCAACAACGCACGAGAGCGACUACGAGUGCGCGACAUCAACGAGGCCUUCAAAGAGCUGGGCCGUAUGUGCCAACUGCACCUGAGCAAUGAUAAACCGCAGACCAAACUGCUCAUACUGCAUCAGGCCGUCAACGUGAUACUAAAUUUGGAGCAACAAGUCCGUGAACGCAACCUGAACCCCAAAGCAGCAUGUCUGAAGCGACGCGAGGAGGAAAAGGUGUCCGGGGUGGUCGGAGACACUCAGAUGCAUCAAGGCAUGGGAGGAGAUGGACGCAACUCUGUCAGUCACAUGUGAUAAUGUUAUCCAGUGAAAUUUCUUGGGGCUCCUGGAAGAAGUGACCUGCAAUUUCUUCCACCGAUCUCAUUCUCUCUGUGUGCAUAUAGUGACUUGGAAAGCAUAUUGUCCAUAAAUAAAGAAGUGCACUCUCUAAACCCCCAGACACGCAAACGUACCGCCAAAACUGACACAGCAGAUUUUCCACGGUGAUGACUCCCGACCGAAAUGACCAGCACAAAUGUGAAGAACUCUCUUUCAGUUUUUUUGUGUUUUCCUGCUUCUCUACAACGAUGGAUCAUAGGAAUAGACUUCUGUCCACAUCUGACUUUUUUCCACUGCAGAGUGAGACGAGACUAAUGUCAGAAUUUAAUCAUGGAUUUGUGCCUAAUUGUUACAUUUUAUACAAGACACAAACUGCUUGUAUGGAACAAAGUUGUUUGGGAGUUGCUUGUAUAUGAGCAGAGUUUUUUUAAUGUGGUUUCUCAUUCCCUACUGAAUGGUACAGUCUUAUGUGCGUUGUGUAACCAAACCCCACGAGAAAGGGGAAAGAACCUGUGGUGCUUUCGAGGACUAUGUAUCCCAGCAUGCCUCUGCUCUGUGGGCCAGGGAGAAAAGCAUUCGGGCCAUCACAGCUUUCCAGACUGCUCUCCUUAUAAGCGGGAGAUUUGUUUUGCAUCCCCAACGUCACGCAUCACCAAUUCAGCUCUCGCAAUGCCAUUGACUUCAACUUUGGCUAGAUCAGCCAAUCAGAAGAAGAAAGAAAAAUGAACGGACAUUUUCGGGGCUGCAUCUUACCAUGUCUUAACAGAGCAUUCGGUUCUGUUACUAAAACGAUGCUUGGGCUCUAAACGUUGCGUUUUUAAGCUCAUCUACAAAACUGCCAAGUCGAUCUUUAAGAUUUUCCAUUUGUAUGCCCUUUUUUGGCCAGGUUUUAUGGCCAACCUUCACGCGUCCACCUCACACAUAUGUAACGGAUGUUUUUUCGAUUUGAGAAAAAUGUAAGAAUAUAUAUAAAUAUAUAUAUUUUUGUUAGUCUAUACAUUGUAGAUUUCUAAAUAACAAAAACAUAUUAGUUUGAAGUCUAGAGUCUAUAGUGAAUGCUCAGAGACAUGUAUGAUCGAAAUGGGCCGGACAUUUUCAAAUACCAUGCCUAUAUUUUCAGAAGUAACAAAAUAUGCAGGCCAUUUGGGCAGAACGACCAGGAACUUUGUCAUGGGUCCUGUGAUGAGAGGAGGAGACCUCUAUAGUAUAGGCCAAAAUGAGAGGGGGUCCACCCAUUAAAGAAUAUGUCCCUGUGAUUUUUGCCACGACCUUGGGUAUGUCCUCUGUACUCGCAAAUGAAAGAGGUGAUUCAAGGUGUGUGUUAACUUCCAAACCUUGCGAUAAUGGCCUACUUUCAGGGAAGAAGGGGCUGUAUGCCACAAGAAGUGUUCUUAGGGGAUGGUGUGAGUUUUUGAGCCCGCUGAGUUUGGUCUCACCAAUGCACACAAUGCAACUCUUUUGAAUGUAAUAUUCAAAUAUUCAGUCGUCAUUUCAAGAUCUCCAACCUGUUUGUGAUACAGAUGUCAGUGUGCAGCUUCAUUAACGUUUCAUUUGAUGUUACGUGUGCGCGAGAAUUCCCGGAUGGUUUCAUUUGUACGUAGGAUUAAAUCGGUGUUAAAACCUGUGUAAUUGUCACGAUGUCCACAAUGGAUAUAAUUUCAAACAUUUCACCGUCAAUUUUGUUAUCCAGAGGCGGUCGUUUUGAAGUAUGAAACAAUGAAUUGUUAAACAUUUAUAUAUUGUGGCCUUCUUAUUCUCAAGACUUGUCAUUUUUUGAGAGUGAUGCCUUGUUAGUGCCUAAACUUACUUUUAUUGUAAACUUGACCUUUUACCUUUUUUAUUAUUUGCAAAGAAUGCAAAAAUGGGUUUGCUUUGAUCAGUUUUGUUUUUCUGAAAGUAUUGGCAUAUAGCAUUUAAUCAGCAAUUAGAAAUAUUGUAGUAGAUACUUUCAACUUCAUUUUUUCAAUGCUGUGUUUGAGCACCUUUGGCAGUUUUGGGAUUCCUGUUCUAGUCACCUUUUGGAUCGACUGCACCAGAUAAGGAAAAGGUCUUCAUUGGUUUAUCAAAUGGAGGGGCCAGAACACUAGACUUUUAAAAAUAUUCUUGUAUCCAGCUAAUACAAGCAUCCAUUUACACCGCUACAUUUCCAUAAAGUGUUGGACUUUUGUUUCGCCCCCUGCUUUAUGCUUAUUAUUAUUAUUAAUAUUAUUAUUGAAUACUAGGGCUGCUGGAGGGGGUUUGUAAUGUGAUUUAGGUUAACUGUCCGAAAUUUCACUGAAGCAAGCGAAUUGGUUUUUAUUCCUUUUGGUUGCUAAAGCAUUUUCUCCUGAGUGAACAUUUGAAUGAAAUAUUCAUCGUACACCUCAUCACAGUAAAUUCGCUGCCCAUGAUUUCCAGAUGUGUGUGUGAAUUUUACAAAACCUGGUGUCUUGCAGUUGCAGUAGGGACAUGAACAAUACUGUUGUUGUGUCUUCAGAGUGCCUCUGGUUUUUGUCUUUUUUCUUUGUUUUUAUAAAUAUAUAUAUAAAGUAGGUAUUGAGAACUGUCCUGUAUAUAACAGUAAUGUAGCAAUAAAUGUGCCAUUUUUAAUAACAGAAUUAUACAUUUUUUUUCAAUGUCUUGCUUUGGAUCUUGUAUACCUUCAAAUGAGUUAAAUAAAAGAAAACAUUGUAAUAAAA